AUUUUUAAUAAUAUAAAUUAGAUCAAUAUUAUGGCAAAAAAAGACAAGAAAAAAAAUGAACGAGCAGAACCCCCAGAGGCGGAGGUGCUGGAGGAGACGCUGGUGGCCACCACGGAGCUGGAACAGCCGCCGGAGGAGGUGCAAUACACCGACACCUCGUACACUAGCGCCUCCUUCGAGUCCCUGCCACCGCCCGUCGAAGAAAUCAAACCGAAGAAAAAGAAGGGCAAAAAGGGAAAGGUAGAGGAGGUGGCGGUGGCUAAGAAGACUACUUCAUCAUUCGAUUGGUCCGACGAAUCCAUACCAGAUGCAGAGGAACCGCCGGUAGAAGAAGAGGAAGAUCAAUCGAAAUUAAAGAAAAGAGGUAAAAAGGGGAAGAAAGACAAGAAAAAGGAGGAAAUACCAGAAUUUGAAAAGCCUCCGAACUGGAGAAAGAUGAACAAAAAAGACAGAGACAACUGGCUGCUGCAGCGCAUUGAGGAAUGGCGAGCCGAAAAGGAAGCGGAAAAACAAGCAAUUCUCGCGGGCGCCAAGGAGAAGCGGCUGGCGGAGGCGAGGGCGCGCGCCGCCCUCAUGGUCAAGGACAAGGAGCACAUGGAGGUCAGGAAAGACUUGCUGCGAAAAACUGUCAAUUUGUUCCAAAAAUUUGAACAGCAGAAGCUGGAGUUCGAAAAGAGAAAAAAUCUUAGAGCUGAAUGGCAUCAGUACCUGCGCUGCGACGGGCUGCCGGACCCGCGCGUCGUCACGCAGAUGAACACCUACCUGCACCUCUGGCGGCAACAGGACAUGUGCGACGACAACGACCUCGACAGACGCUGUCUAGAAGUUUUGCCGAUGCUGGAUCUACUUGACGAGAUAACGGCUGACACGAGGCAGUACACAGAUUCCCAGAUCCGAAAUUUUAAUGAGGUACGCGUGGCCCUCCGAGAGGAGCUGUCCAACGCCAUCCAGUUCGCUUCGUAUACACUGCUGCGGGACCUGGAACAUCGGUUCCAGUGGCCCUCCAUCAAGCUGACCACAUACGAGCGCGAGUUCAAAGGCCUCCGGCUUAACUUCUGGGUCGCUGUCAGGAUGCCUACCAGGAAACCUAAACCUGUGGAGCCGGAACCAGAGCCAGUGGAGCUGUCGUUCCCGGCCAUGAAGGUGGCCAUAAAGCUGCCAAAGAUCAUAGACGGGUCAUGCGCGUGCGUGCGCGCUGCCCGCUCCCUCGUCGACCUGCUCAGCGAGCGCUCCAGGACAUUCCCUCUAGCCGCUGAUUUAAACAAUAGGUAUGAAGAUUUGUUCACGUUCAACGUCAAGGAGCACGAGUUGACGUACAAGCUGAAGGCCGAACAGGAGGAGGUACGCAGCAAGUUUUACAAGGACAUUGCGGCCAAGAUAAAGGAAAUAGAAACUUUUAUAAAAAGUAACCCAUUCUUGAAAAACGAAAAAGAAAAAGAAGAAUUGGACAAUUUAAACAUGGCCGAGCCGCAGGGUCUCCCCGAUCCCAGGUCAUUUUUUAUUGAACAAAAUGAAUUGGCUUUCACAAAAUAUCUGAAACAGUGUAAUUAUAAAACGAAGCCGGGCGAAAUCAACCUGCGCAAAUACAGAGUGUGUGGUGGUAUCCUGAACGUGGAUCUGCUGACCACUCCGCCGCAAGCCAAGCGCAUGGCGGGUGGAAUCUCCCUCACCACACUGGAGCUGCCGAAGCGGCUGCAGCAGAGCAAGUACCAGGUGCGUUACCGCGCGCCCUCACCGCCGCCGCCCGGCGUCACGCGCAGCCCGGAGGAGAUCGAGGCCGAGAUCAAGCGCGUAGAGGCCGAGUACGAGAAUCUGGCGCUCGUCUUCAUCGAACUGCCGCAGGAGGUGAUGUGGUCGGAGCCACCGGUGGUAUGCCAGUGGUACGAGCCGCGUCGGCUCUGGAUGACCACAUACAUCAACGACUACAAGUUCAACGAGGACAAGCUCACAGUGCAGUUCCGUACCGGAGUGCUUUGGCCGAUCGGCUUUGCGACAUUGCGAUACAGCAACUUGCCCUACCAAGGCUGGGAUGUCCGGCCGGAUCUCGAGAGCGACGGUGUGAUAAUAUCGGUGACGGGGGUGUGCGUGAGCGUGACGUGGCUUUGCUGUGGCAGCUCGGUGCGCCUGCAGUGGAUCGCCAACGCCACCACGCCCGCGCUCAAGGACCACUUCCAAAAACCCUACAGCGUUAAGAAGAUGAUACAGAUAAUGCGCGAGGCAGCAUGCGACUUCUUCCCAGACUUCGACGCUCAUAACUUGGUGGAGGGCAGCUGCCCCAAGGAGUGGGUGGGCGAGCGACACACCUACCACGCUAUGGCCUUCCUCGCCAGGGCCUACAAUUUCCAGUGGAGCAGAUGGAACGCUACCGCCGGCAGCAGGAACAUCGUGAUGCAGAUACGAGAAGCAAUUGACAGAAAGAGAGAGGGCAAGUUCAGCCUGCUGCACGCGACGCCGCAGCACGCCACCAUACUGAACUGCACCGAGCUGUCGCAAGAGUUCAACCUCGAUCCCUUGGCUGGCCUGCAGAUUCUCUCUCAUCUCCUCUGCUCCUAUAUGAUUAAACAUGACAAGAUUUUUGCAGUUCUACCCGGACCUGUUCACUCUGAACCUGUCGUACGGGUCGGUGGACGCGCGUCGCGCACCUUUCCUCAUGAAGUACAGGCUGGUGGAGACCGUGUUCAGCAUGUUGACUGAAUUGAAGCUGUGUAGCUUCUCCUGAACACAAACUAUAUACGAGAAUACGCCUAAAAAUAUAUACGAGUAGUUAAAAUAUGUACAAAUAGUGUUAACUCUCAACUUACAAUUAUUGAGGGAUUUUUUAUAACGUCAUGAAUAAAAUUAUGUCAUGGUUGAAAAUACAACCAUUUCCACUGCCACAACACUCGUAUGAAACCAGGUAUCGUUGUCUCGUGUUUUUUUUCAAAGAUAAUGAAAAGGAUCGCAAUAAUGUUGUCAUACACAUGAUAACUGUGCGACAUUAGACAUUGAUAAGGUACAACAGCUGUUUGAGAGUUAACGCUAUAUGUUAAUAUAAUUUAUCCACUUUUAAUUAAGCUUACUACAAAAUAAAUCAUGUGCUAAUAAUGUGCUUUCA